AUGUUUUUGUGGCAGUUCAUGCUCGCCGUUUGCCAGCUCUCGAUUUGCGUAGACAAGGAACAGAACAUCAGGCAUGCUCGUGAAGCUAUCCAGACGCUUGCUGAUGGCGGCAGCAAGCUGAUCCUUCUUCCAGUUAAGUUUUGUAGUUGUCUGUUCAGUCAUAAGGAGAAUGUGUUACAGGAAAUGGGGAAUUUUCCAGACUCAAACGCGAGCUUUCCAAUCUAUGCAGGCGAUUCUCCCUCUUCCAAAAUACUUUCGGACAUGGCAAAGAGUAAGGAGGUUACCAUCAUCUGUGGCUCCAUACCGGAACGACGUGGCAAUCAUCUCUACAAUACUUGCUGCAUCUACGGAAAAGAUGGCUCUCUAAAAGGAAAGAUACAGAAGUAUACUGUUGUUGAUUCGGGUAAGAUCCUGCAGGCAUUACGACAAGCAAAAUAA